AUGUCCUCUGCGUCCCCCAACAACAUGCAAGACUUGCAGCGACGCAUCAGCAACCUGGCUAAAAGGUACAAAAGAGCAAGGGCUGCAGAAGAAGUGGCAGCUCAGCCACGCGAAGCGUUGCAGCUUCUACGACGAUGUCGGCCAGACAGCCCGAGAUGUCUUAUGGUGUACUUCCUGGCGGGGCAAUCUUGUGCUGCCGCAGUUGACUUUGUGGUAGGGCGCGGGUGGGAGCGUGCAAAACGCGGGCAUCCUUCACCGGAUCGAGAUGAGGUGGCGAAGUUGACGGCUGAUGUUGAGCAGGCUGUGGCCCGAUCUCCUGCCUCGGCUUUCAGCGCUUUGCAGAGAAACCCACUCAGUGACUUCGAGCUGUGCGAUUUGUUUUGCGCUCACAAGUAUGUCAUGGAACGCAGCUUGUACGGAUGGAUUGCAAGCCAGAACAACGACCAAGGAGUCGCACCGUCUCGAGAACAAGUCAUGGCGCAGCUUCCUGAACACAUCUCCCAACAGGCUCCGCUGCAGAUCCGGACUCGGUUAUGUAAUCUUGCAUGUGGCAGUCCACGCAAGCAACGCAAGUGGCUGGCCCGGUUUCGAAGACGUUGGGGUGCCAGACUUGGUGUUCUGCGUGUGCAAGAGUUCGUGCCCGUGGAGGAGAAGCGACGCAAGGCUGGCGGUCAAGGUUUUGUGGUCUUGAGCUCGGCAGCGGCUUACUUCCAGUGGCUGAACUUCGCCAUCGAUGCAGCUCCGGUGCACAGACCUCUGCUGAUCCUGAACAUGGACGAGACCGCAGUGGGCCGGCACCAGAGCGGCCUCCGUGGUACAGUUGCGACGUUGCCCAAAGCCACCUUGCCAGCGAGUGAUCGUGCGUCCUUAGCGGAUCGCCGAAGCUACGUCUCUUACUUGGCUUGUGUGACAGAUGAUGCAAGAGUCCAGCCCCGACUUCCACAGGUCCUCCUCGGCAACACUCACCUGUUCACCUUGGACUUACUUCGGUCCUGUUCUGGGAAGUUGCCGGACAAUGUUGUUCUGUGGCGGCAAACGUCUUCAUGGAACUCUCAUGCAACUAUGAGGAGGUGGCUAACGCUGCUCGCGAAAGCUUUGGGCCCUUUGGUGGAGGAAAGAUAUGUCGUGCUCUUGCUCGAUGUUCAUUCCUCACAUAUCCACCAAUCUAUUUUUCUUCACGCCCGACGCUGUGGUGUAAGAUUGAUAUACAUACCCGCCAAGAUGACGCGGCUUCUACAACCUUGUGAUACGCACGUCUUUUCCAAGUUCAAGUUGGCCUUGCGGAUAGCGUGGCAAAAUUGUAAGUCACGCAGCCCUGCUGCAAGUCCAACUGCCGUGUCUUGGGUUCACGUCGUCAGCCAAACAAUCCAGGCAGUCAUAUCACGCGGGAGCUGGCAAAAGGCUUUCCUUGCUGAUGGAGCUCUGCGUUUUCAGACGCAGCUCUCGACUAGAUUGCGGGUUGAGUUAGACGUCGAUGAAGCUGCCGUCUGGCUACACGUGGCUCCCACAACGGAAGAAGUCGCAUGCGUUUUUCCUUCGCGGCUCAAGAUUGAUACACUUUCCUAUGUGCUGUGGCAGCCACGCUCUCACCGUGUCCAGGGAGCAAGACCCUCGCAGCGUUCGACGGCAGCCAGAUCAUCUGAACCACCCCUUGUGCCGCAGUUUCACCGACGCGUCCUGCCGUCUACGUUCCUUACAGCCAGAUUGAGUACUGCUUUGGCCAGCCCAGAGAAGUUGGGCAAAGAUGUCGGCGGGCAGUUGCUGGCAGAGCGCGUCGUACAACUUCGCCAGGUUUUAGAAGGCGAGGAGCUACAGCUCUUAGAGGACACUGUGCAGCAGUAUGAAAGUGCGGUUGGGAGAGCUUUAAAUUUCUCCGAUGCGCCUGAACCAAGUGCUUCUGAACCGUCUGCUGCCGCCCUACCCGUGCGAGAAGGGCCAGAGGGUGCGAGCCCGGCUUUCCGCAUCCAUGGGGCAGACGGCUCCACAGAGACUUGGUUUUCCUCGGGCGGCGCCCUUCUGGUGGCCCAGUUUCAGGAAUGGGCUAUGGAGAUUUUGCCACCCAAAUUUCGCGAGCCCAUUAAACACAUCUCUCUCACCUUGGAAGAGUCCUGCCGUGCUGCAGAGGGUACAUCUCGAGUCCACUUGCACGCGCAAAUCACGUUUGAGCGCAGAAUCGAUCGCACUUCCGUUGCUGACUUCAUGUUUGAUGGUGUACGUCCGCAUGUUGUGACUCACCCGCAUUCAGCGGCAGUGCACGGUGAGCUGAACAAGGCCCGUGGGCCUCAUGUGGCCGUGUCACGCAACCGAUCCCACUUUUACGUUUACUGCACCAAAGUGGGAACUCUAUGGUCCUUUACCAACUACUGGCCCUUUGUGGAUUACGAAGUACAACCUCAUUGGCUUAUGGGCUGGUGGGCCACGGGGAAGUUGACUAACGAGCAGUACAAGGGAUAUUUGCGACGCUGCAAGCGCUCUUACAGAACAUUGUUACAAAAUUUUGAGUCUGUGGUGCAAGCUGAGAAAGCUGCGCAGCUUACAGAGUACCGCGAGGCCGUAGCCCAGGUGUUGUCCUUAGCGCGCUUGCCCUUUCGAUGUGUUGAUGACCCGUUGUUUCCAAACUUGCAGGCGUUCCUGGACCAGUUCCACUGGGCAACAGAUCGGUACAAGAUUUAUGCUCUUCAAGGGCACUCGCAAGCAGCAAAGACAUCGUUUGUGAAGUCGCUGUUUGCCAAACCUUUUGUCGUGACUAUUCAAGGGCAGGACGUCUUGAAUCUACAAGCCUUUGAGUAUGGCCAUCACGACGCCCUUAUCCUAGACAACCUGGUGGAUUGGUCUUUGAUACUACAGUACCGUGCAUUGCUUCAGGCUAAUGUGGACUUGCAUCGGUUGGGUGAGUCUGCGACAGGCAUCUACGCGUACUCCGUCUUCCUUUGGGCUGUGCCCAUCUGCAUUACGCUGGAUGCUGAUGUGAAUUGCGCGCCUUUCUACGCGUCCGACUGGUUGCAGGCCAACGUUUACCUGGACGUUCUCCCGCGUGGUGCAAAGUGCUACAUUGAAGGUGAGCGGCCACGCGUUCGCAUGACAGAUGUGCCUCAGCUCCGGCGUUCUCCUUAA